GGGCGUCCGUCCGUUCCCGGUGCGGGCGCGUUCCUGAGCCCGCUGCUGCUCCCUCAGCUGUGCCACGACCGCGGGUACCUGGUGACCCAGGAUGAGCUGGACCAGACGCUGGAGGAGUUCAAGGCGCAGUUUGGGGACAAGCCCAGCGAGGGCCGCCCCCGUCGCACCGACCUGACCGUGCUGGUGGCUCACAACGACGAUCCCACCGACCAGAUGUUCGUGUUCUUCCCCGAGGAGCCCAAGGUGGGGAUCAAGACGAUCAAGAUGUACUGCCAGCGCAUGCAGGAGGAGAACAUCACCCGGGCACUGAUCGUGGUGCAGCAGGGAAUGACCCCCUCGGCCAAGCAGUCCCUGGUUGACAUGGCUCCCAAAUACAUCCUGGAGCAGUUCCUGCAGCAGGAGCUUCUCAUCAACAUCACAGAGCAUGAGCUGGUGCCAGAGCAUGUGGUGAUGACAAAGGAGGAAGUAACAGAGCUGCUGGCCCGAUACAAACUGAGGGAGAACCAGCUCCCCAGGAUCCAGGCUGGGGACCCUGUGGCUCGGUACUUCGGGAUAAAGCGUGGCCAGGUAGUGAAGAUCAUCAGGCCCAGUGAGACAGCGGGCAGGUACAUCACCUACAGACUGGUGCAGUGACACAGUGGGUGUGAGCAGCUGGGUGGCUCAGUUCACAGGCACUCAGAGAUUCCUGCACUUCAGAGAUGGCCAAGGAAAUCCUCUUCCCACGUUGCCUCUCUGCAGCCCUGUCCCUGUCUUCCAGCUUGGACUUUGUGCUGACCCCUCAGUCCCAUCCAGGACUCAUGGAUACCUGAAGCAGUGGGAGGAAAUGAGCAGCAAAGGUUUUUGCUUCCCUGUUUUAUGGGCUCUUGUUUGGAAUAAAGGUUUGUACCCUCA